AGCAUGUCAGCUUGCAAAGAACUUUUGAGUCGGGCUUUUCCCAAUAUUGAUAAGGAAAUAACAGAUUAUGUCAAUGGUCUGCUAGAGGAUGCUAAAGAUGACUUUGAGUCAGCCGAAGAUCUGUUUGACGCAGUUGGGGUGAUGCUGCUCCAGUCAGAUGGAGACAAAUCAGAGGAUGACAUCAGAGAAAUAUGUGAACGUCUCCACUCGUUUCUUAAUUUUGGUCUUAAUAACAAAAUAGUGUCAGAAAAUGGAGAAAACAAACACAGCCGAAUACUGGAUGCCCCCGUACACUUGGGAUCAAUGGCUGAAGCUUACGAAAAACUUAGUGAUGCAAACAACAGCAUUUGGCUUAAAAAGAAAGAAAAUGACUUGAAAGUUGAUAAAAAGAAGCUAGAAAAGGCCCAGGCACAGAGACAGAAGAAGCUGGACAAGAGAGUAGAUACUGUUCCGGAGAUUAAAACACCGGAGAGUAUGUUGGCAACAGCAAGUCAGCAGUUUAAUCGUAAAGACACCAAAAUGGAUGCAUCCGGAAACAACAGAAAUUAUGACGUCAGAAUUGAAGACUUUGAUGUGGCCUUUGGAGAACGAGUUCUUCUAACAGGUGCCAGUAUAUACCUGAUGGCUGGAAGACGAUACGGUUUUAUUGGUCGGAAUGGUUUGGGUAAAACAACACUGUUGAAAAUGAUAGCAGGUGGUCAGUUGAAGAUUCCGUCUCACAUCAGUGUGCUGCACGUAGAACAGGAGGUGACAGGAGACGAUACGCAGGCGCUGCAGAGCGUUUUAGAGUGCGACACAAAACGUGAAUCUCUGCUACACGAGGAAAAAGAGAUCGCGGCAAAACUGAAUUCUUCAAGUCCUGGAUCUGACAAAGACAUGUCGUCACGGUUACACGAGAUCUACAAGGAACUGGAGGAAAUGGAGGCCGAGAAGGCCCCGGCGAGGGCUGGUGUUAUUCUCGCCGGUCUCGGGUUCUCAGCUGAGGGGCAGACCCGCCCGACAAGGGAAUUUUCCGGUGGAUGGAGAAUGCGGUUGGCUUUAGCUAGAGCACUGUUUUCAAAACCAGACUUGCUACUACUUGAUGAACCUACAAACAUGUUGGACAUGAAGGCAAUUAUCUGGCUGGAGAAUUACCUACAGAAAUGGCCGAAAACAAUCCUGGUUGUCUCUCACGACCGACUAUUCCUGAACGCCGUGUCGACCGAUAUUGUGCACCUCCACUCACAGAAGAUCGACUCGUACCGGGGCAAUUACGAAGCCUUCUACAAAACGAGGUCGGAAAGGAUGAAAAGCCAACAGAGAGAAUACGAAGCUCAAAAACAAUACAGAGAUCACAUACAGAUUUUUAUAGACCGGUUCCGAUACAAUGCCAACAGAGCAUCACAAGUUCAGAGUAAACUGAAGUUACUUGAGAAGUUACCACCACUAAAACCUGUGGAAAAGGAAAUCGAGUCGGUAUUGAGAUUUCCCCAGUGUGAAAAACUAUCACCACCCAUUUUACAGCUUGACGAGGUGUACUUCUACUACUCCAAAGAUAACCCAAUCUUCUGCAAUAUAUGUGUGAAUGCCUCGAUGGAUUCCAGAAUUUGCAUAGUUGGUGAGAAUGGUGCGGGUAAGACGACCCUACUGAAGAUUCUGCUGGGUGACCUGUCUCCGGUGAAGGGCGUCCGUCAUGCUCACCGCAGUCUACGCAUCGGCUACUUCAGCCAGCAUCACGUCGACCAGCUGGACAUGAGCGUCAACUCGGUGGAACUCCUAGCCACACGGUUUCCAGGCAAGACGUCCGAGAUGUACCGAGGUCAGCUGGGGUAUUAUGGAGUGAGUGGUGAGCUGGCAUUACGGCCGGUGUCCAGUCUUUCAGGAGGUCAGAAGAGUCGAGUGGCGUUCGCGGUGAUGAGUAUGACAAACCCAAAUUUCUUCAUUCUUGAUGAGCCGACGAAUCAUCUGGACAUGGAAACGAUUGAAGCUCUCGGAGACGCUCUCAACAAGUUUCAGGGUGGAGUUGUCUUAGUUUCUCACGACGAACGGUUAAUUCGGAAAGUAUGCAAUGAACUCUGGGUGGUUGCAAACAAAACUUGUAUAUCGCUGGAGGGCGGAUUUGACGAGUAUAAAAAUCAGGUGGAGGUGGAGCUACAGGAGAAAGGCAUUUGAUGAUUGGUUAAUUCUAGCCAUGAUUGACAGGAUUUUAGAAGUUUAUUUAUGACAGUCCAAACAAAUGUGAUGUCUUUCUGUUGAGAAAUAAUUGUUGUGGUGAGACAUGAUGAAGCUGUGAUGUUGUGUUCAGUUUGAGAUAUCUGCCUCAGUUUUAGAAAACACAAAAUAUUAUUGUAUUCUCAGCAAAUCUUAUCGUUCAGGAUCCUAUUUUAUGAAGUGAUCUUAGCCCUAAAAUCACCUUAAAGGGACGGACCCUAGUUUUUAAACACUAACACAUAUUUUUCACUAUUAGAGCCGUUUAUGAUCUCUGAAAUCAAACAUUACUUAUAUUAUAUUAAUUAGAUUAUUCAUUUUCGAAUAGCCAAAGUGUUUCAGGCCCGUGCUUAUAAAAUUUAAAGUCUAGACUUCAAUAAAGUCCAGAUUUUAACGUUAUGCUAUUUGAAUGGUGUUGCCAUGACGUUAAAGUCUAGACUUUAAAGUUUAUAAGCACGGGGCCUGGUCAUCCUGGUGUUUCUAAUACCACAAAAGGCAUUUUUCAUACUUUUA